AUUCUUCCGGUAUCUGCAGAGGAGGAAAGCGUCGCACUACGUGCCGGGCCUUCACGUUGACUGAAGUGCGUCUCGUCCAAUAGGACAGGCGUUCUGCUUAGUCAGGUGGUUUGUGGGUGGGCGUUGCGUCAGAAGGGGAUUGUCGGCAGUACCUGUAAUGGCGGAGCGUGGGGACACCGAGGCGGAGAGAUAUACAACCGAUAUUCGGAUGGCACAACAGCAACAAGCGCUGCGCUUUUGUGGUCCAACGCCUCCACCAAGUCCGGUCAUGAGGGGCCCGCCUCCUCUUCUUCGUCCUCCUCCUCAUUUUGCUAUGAUGCGUGGGCCUCCUCCACCUCCACGCCCUCCUUUUGGUCGUCCUCCUUUUGAUCCUAGCAUGCCACCAAUACCUCCCCCAAGUGCAAUUCCUCCGCCUAUUGCUCCUCCUCACCUUCAGAGGCCACCCUUCAUGCCUCCGCAUAUUGGAAGUAUGCCUCCUCCUGGAAUGUUGUUUCCCCCUGGGAUGCCUCCUGUAUCAACACCUGCAACAACUCCGACUCCCAGUCAAAGCCCUACACCUACACAAGCACCAACAUUGCCACCAAAUGAGGAGAUAUGGGUAGAGAACAAGACUCCAGAUGGGAAGGUUUAUUAUUACAAUGCCCGGACUCGAGAGUCUGCAUGGUCAAAACCAGAUGGUGUGAAGGUCAUCCAACAGUCAGAGCUGACUCCAUUGAUGGCAGCCCAGGCUCAGGCAGCCCAGGCACAAGCCCAAGCUCAGGCAGCUCAAGUUCAGGUAGCACAGGCUCAAGCCCAGGCAGCUCAAGUUCAAGCACAGGCAGCUCACUCACAGCCUAUCCAUUCUCAGGCAGUAACAGGUGCCUCUCCUACAACUACCAGUACAUCUAUGUUGGUAUCUACAUCAACACAUUCUACUAGCCAGGCCUCUUCUACCAAUACAACUACAUCAAACUCCAUUUCACAGGCUAUUACAAGUUCGUCUGCUCCUGAGCAAACACAGAGUGUGUCAUCAGUCAGUGUUGCCACAACUGUGCCAACAGUAUCUUCAGUGCAGAGCUUGACAGCCCAGUUAUCCCAGGUUCUUCCUCCAACACUUUCACAUGCAGUGCCACAGCCAGCAGCAGCAAUUCAAGCCUUUCCUCCAGUAAUGGUACCUCCAUUUCGUGUUCCCCUUCCUGGCAUGCCCAUACCAUUACCAGGUGUAGCAAUGAUGCAAAUAGUCAGCUGCCCGUAUGUAAAGACAGUCACUACCACCAAAGCCGGUGUCUUGCCUGGCAUUGCACCUCCGAUUGUACCAAUGAUACAUCCCCAAGUGGCUCUCGCUGCUUCUCCUGCAACUUUAGCUAGAGUGACCAUAUUGACUGAAUGGUCAGAAUAUAAAACAGCAGACGGAAAGACAUAUUAUUACAAUAACAGGACUUUGGAAUCAACGUGGGAUAAACCCCAGGAACUCAAAGAAAAAGAGUUUGAAAAGAUAAAAGAACCAACAAAGCCAGAAACCGUUAUUAAGGAAGAGCCUCAACCAAUGGAUACAGAAGACGAAAUCCCAAAGGAAGAACCUCCCAAGGAGAUAAAGGAGGAGCCAAAAGAGGAGGAGAUGACUGAGGAAGAAAAGGCAGCUCAAAAAGCCCGGCCAGUGGCUACUACCCCAAUCCCUGGCACUCCAUGGUGCGUUGUGUGGACUGGUGAUGAACGGGUGUUUUUCUACAAUCCCACUACUCGGCUUUCUAUGUGGGACCGACCUGAAGACCUUAUUGGAAGGGCUGAUGUAGACAAAAUCAUUCAGGUGCCUCCCCAUAAAAGAGGAAUGGAAGAUGGCAAGAAAUAUUACAAAGAAGAUCAAGACUCUGCUGAGGAUGCAAAUGACGACGAGCCUAUAAAAGCAAAGAAGAGAAAGAAGGAUGACCCAGAGGCUGAUAAGGAGACUGCGAUGGAGGCCGAAAUAAAAGCUGCUCGUGAGAGGGCAAUUGUUCCCCUGGAUUCUCGAAUGAAACAGUUUAGAGAUAUGUUGCUGGAGAGAGGGGUUUCAGCAUUUUCAACAUGGGAGAAAGAGCUCCACAAGAUUGUGUUUGACCCUCGUUAUUUGUUAUUAAAUCCUAAAGAAAGGAAACAGGUGUUUGAUCAGUAUGUGAAAACAAGGGCAGAAGAGGAACGCAAAGAGAAGAAAAACAAGAGUAUGCAAGCUAAGGACGACUUUAAGAAAAUGAUGGAGGAUGCCAAGAUAAACCCAAGAGCUACCUUUAGUGAAUUUGGAGGCAAACAUGCCAAAGAUGCACGGUUCAAAGCCAUUGAAAAAAUGAAAGACCGCGAAACCUUAUUUAAUGAGUACAUGGUGGCAGCAAGGAAGAAGGAAAAAGAAGAUUCCAAGAACAAAGGAGAGAAGGUCAGAUCAGACUUCUUCGACUUGUUGUCCAGCCUUCAUUUAGAAGGACAGUCUCGAUGGAGCAAAAUCAAAGACAAGAUCGAGAAUGAUCUCCGUUACAAAGCCGUGGAAAGCUCAGCUGCAAGAGAAGAGCUUUUUAAGCAGUAUAUUGAAAAGAUUGUGAAGAAUUUAGAUGCAGAAAAGGAGAAGGAACUGGAAAGGCAAUCUCGCAUUGAGGCAAGCUUACGUGAAAGAGAGCGGGAGGUGCAGAAAGCUCGCUCUGAGCAAACCAAGGAGAUUGACAGAGAACGAGAACAGCACAAGCGAGAAGAAGCAAUUCAGAACUUUAAAGCUCUUCUGUCUGAUAUGGUACGGACAUCGGAUGUCUCAUGGUCUGACACAAGAAAAACAUUGAGGAAGGACCACAGAUGGGAAUCCGGUUCUGUACUGGAAAGGGAAGAGAAGGAAAAACUUUUUAGUGAACACAUUGAGGCUCUUACUAAAAAGAAACGUGAACUAUUUAGACAACUGUUGGAUGAAACAUCUGCUAUUACUUUAACAUCCACUUGGAAAGAGGUUAAGAAAAUAAUUAAGGAUGAUCCACGCUGCAUUAAGUUUUCUUCAAGUGACCGGAAAAAACAAAGGGAAUUUGAAGAAUAUAUUCGAGAUAAACACAUCACUGCCAAAGCAGACUUCAGAACUCUUCUGAAAGAAACCAAAUUCAUCACAUACAGAUCCAAGAAAAUGCUACUGGAAUCUGACCAGCCCCUGAGGGACUUAGAGAAAAUCCUCCAAAAUGACAAACGAUACCUGGUACUUGACUGCAUUCCCGAGGAGAGACGGAAACUCAUCAUGUCUUACGUAGACGACCUUGACCGGCGAGGACCUCCUCCACCACCCACGGCCUCCGAACCGGCCAGAAGAUCCACAAAGUGAUGUCGUAUUUUAAUCAGACGGGUAUAUAAGUUCAUUCAUAGCAACUGCAUGAGCCACCCAAGAGAGUUUUCUUUUAAUUGUCCAUUUCACUCUACUCCAAACAACUGCAGAAACAAAUAGGAGCGGCUGCAUUUCUGAACAGAGAACUUGUAUCUGUGCAACACUCUGCAACAGCAAUCCGGUGUCUGUGUAUCCAAGUUAUCAGAUUUUUUUUUUUUUUUCCCCAUCAACAUUCUCCAGACGUCGCAUCACGUUUUACUUUUUGUCCUGCAGCAACAACUUUAGUCACGAGCCUAACUGAAAACUGAAUGUUAGACAAGCGUUGCUCCAGAACGUGUUGGUUAGUACAGAUGCUAGAAUGAGGCCUUCAUCUGCUGGUACCGCACAGCUCCGGGUAUCAAAUUCUGUUGUAUACAUUUUUGUUUUUUAUUUUUUUUCCCAGUCUUUUGUUAAUCCAUGAAGCGAUCUUCAUUUUUGUUCUGAUUUUUGAAUCAAGGGGGAAUUACCCUUUAGGGUAGUUCGUGUAAGAUUGUAUGCUCCAUUUUGAAUGUUAAACUUGUGUCUCUAAAGUUUAAUUUUGAAAUGUUGGAUUUGUUCAGUUUAUGUAAUUGAACUACAAUAAACUUUUUUUUAUA